UGUGGACACAACAAAAAUUAUUUUUGAGCCAAAAAAGGGCAUGAAAGAAGGCGGAGGGUUGCCUGAUGCAUCUGUGGGCGUGAACAUCACCUGGAAGACUGAAGAACAUCAACAGACAGAAAGUAUAAAUACACUCAAAUACCAGUCACCAGACAGAAGAGGACACACCUCUACUUCAUCUGAUCAUUUUCCAGCUGAGAAGACAGCUGCCCGUCCACCUUUGGAGAUUUCGCAAACAUUUCUGUUUGACUGUUGACUUGUGGAAAAUGAUGAGCUCCUUAAAUCAACGAAUCAGAGACUACAUGGUUGACAGAAGGAGACAGAAGACCAGACUAGUCACCAAAGAUGGCCGCUGUAAUAUUGAGUAUGGAAACAUCAAGUACAGCACACACUUUGCCUUCCUGGCUGACUUCUGGACCACCUUUGUAGAGAUCCGAUGGCGUUAUGUCCUCUUCUUCUUCAGUGCAUCUUUCAGUCUAAGCUGGUUUCUCUUUAGCCUGGUGUGGUAUGCGAUUGCCCGCAAUAAUGGAGAUCUAACAUGGCAAAACCCCUCAGCAGAUCACAUCCCGUGUAUCGUCAAUGUUUAUGGACUCACCUCAGCAUUCCUUUACUCACUUGAAACCCAGACAACAAUUGGGUAUGGUGCAAGAUGGAUCACGCCUAAAUGUCCAGGUGGUGUGGCCCUCAUUGUCAUCCAGUCCAUCGUUGGUGCACUUAUCAACUCUUUCAUGUGUGGAGUCAUCCUGUCCAAGAUCUCCUUACCUAAGAAGAGAGCUAAAACCAUCACUUUCACUGAGAUGGCUGUCAUCUCCCCCAAAAAUGGUUCUCUUUGCCUGUCAAUCCGAGUGGCAAAUCUGCGGAAAACCCUGAUGAUUGGGAGCCAGAUUUAUGGCAAAUUAUUGAGAACAACGACCACCCAAGAUGGUGAGACGAUCAUCAUGGAUCAGGUAAACAUCGACUUUAUUGUAGACGCUGGGAAGGAUAACCUCUUCUUCGUCUGCCCUCUCACAUUGUACCAUGUCAUCAACAAGAGCAGCCCCUUCUUUGAGAUGGCAGUAGACACUCUACAAAACCAAGACUUUGAGCUGGUGGUCUUCCUAGAUGGCACAGCAGAGUCCACAAGCUCCUCCUGCCAAGUGCGAACCUCCUUCAUUCCUCGUGAGAUAAUGUGGGGCUACAACUUCUUGCCUAUCAUCUCCAAGAGUAAAGAGGGCAAGUAUAGAGUAGAUUUCUCCAACUUCUCCAAGGUAGUGCCAGUGGCGACUGCACACUGUGCUUACUGUUACCACAACAUCAAAGGUCACCAUCUUCAUUCCAGAAAUGGCCAAGACAAUCCAGGCUUUGAGGUGAUUGAAAUUGACAGCCCGCUUGACAUCACCAAGAUGUGAGGCUCUUACAGUCCACAAACUGACACUGUUGGUGGAACGAGCUUCUCAUAAAUUGACUCCUCCAUAGCAGCCCUGAAGGGUUAGCCCUCUGUGGAAUUCGCAAUGUCAUGAUUUCACACAUGAAGCAAUAUUCCAACUCAACUGAUACUCUUUCAGACUGAACAAGGAUAAGAAAGACUUAUGUGGGACCAGGGGCGUUGAAUGUAUUUGUAUGUUAAACCACACCUGCCAUUGUCUACGGACAUUAAAAGCUGUUCUCAGAAUAAUGGCCAGGUCACAUUAGGAUAAAGUUACAAGAACAGAAAGUUUUCUAUGUCAUGUGCCAAGAGAUUAAAAAUGGUGCUAAUUGUUUUGUUAGUUAUCUGGUCAAUAUUUUGUGAAGAUACAUUUUUAGAAACUUUGACUUGAACAACCAUGCUGAACUAAGCAGGUACUUCCGCACUGGCUGACUACCGGACUUUUAGGCCAGUUUUUUUUAUAAAUGUGAGUUGUGUAGUUGUGGUUUUCUUCUUGAAUUGUGGUAUUUGAGAAAAUGGUGCUCUCAAACAUGUGUAUUUUGGCUGCAUGCAGCACUGACUUUAUUAUGAACAAGAUUUGUAAUUUUUUUAAGUGAUAUAAGGGAUAAGAAGAAAUAAAAGCUUUUUUGCCCUCAAUAAUAUCUGU